GAAAAUGCGCUGGCAGUACUACCGCGGACAUUGCAGCAGACGUACUUGCUAAUGAUACUGCUUCUUCACCAGUCAAACCAGUUGAACCUACGUAUACGUAUAUUUUAUGAAUUAUCUAAUUUAACAACAAUAUAUUUAAACAUCAUGUGAUUUGAAAAUAGGUGCAAAUAGUGAUUUGUGCUGUAAUGUUGCCGAGUGUUAAAUUCAUAAUAAAAAUGAAAAUGUUGACAAAUAUGUUAAUUGUAAUUAUUAUCGUGACCGUUGGUUUGUGCGAUGAAAAUAUUGAGGUAAAGAAAAUUCAAACUAGGGGAAUCUAUGGAUUUGGAAGGCCUGAUGAUAGACUACCUCCGCAACCCCCUAGAGACAACAACCAUCCAAACGACUUAUUAAUAUCGAAAGGUCCACCAAGACCAGGAGACUAUCAUAACUCUCCUCACAACCAUGAUCACCAUUUUCAUGGAGGUCACCCAGAUUUCCAUCAUAACCACCAUGGCGAUGAUGUAAAAACUUGGGGAAAAACUGACGAACCAGUCAACUUUAGUAAUAUGAACUCAACUGGUAUUCCAUUGGAUUUGGCCAUGUCCUUGAACGAAUAUAGCUCAAUAUCAGAACUAUUAUAUAAUGAGGUCGAAGGGGCGGAGCAAAAAGUUCAAGUCGCUAGUUUUGCCAAUCGAUUUGGUUCUGAUGGUGAUGCUCUGGACACAGAGAGAAGUGCAGCUCGAAUAGCUACCCCAGCAAAAUGUCAGCCUGAAUUAACCACUGUUAAAAUAGCUGAAUCAAAUGAUCCAAAUGUUUUAUAUGUACCAGAAUGUACCCGAAUUGAAAGAUGUGGAGGCUGCUGCUCUCAUGCUUUAUUGUCCUGUCAAGCAACAGAGUUUGAGAAUGUACAAUUUUCGGUCUUAAAAACAGAAUACAGUAGUUCUGAAAAUCCUCAUAAGAAACUAAAAUAUGUGGGAAAGGAACCUAUUUCAAUACAAAAACAUACUAAAUGCAAAUGCAUGUGCAAAAUUAAAGCUAAAGACUGCAAUGCUUAUCAAGAUUAUCGAGAAUCCGAAUGUCGCUGUAUCUGCAAAAACACUGAUGAAGAACAGAAAUGUUAUAGAAAUAGCAAUAAGAAACUAUGGAAUCCUGAUGAAUGUGCCUGUCAAUGUAGAGAAGUAACUCUGUGUUCAACUGGUUACAAUUUCGACUAUAACGAAUGUAGGUGUGUCCAAAUUCAAUUUAAAAGACGUUACAUUUUAGCAGAAAUUCAAAAGGAGCAACCUCAGAAACCUGAAGAUUAGAUUUCGAACGUCUAAAAUCAGUGUAGAAAUUUAAUUUUACUUAUAAAAUUGUAUGUGACACUUAGAUGUAGAAAAAAUAUUGUAAACUAUUUACAGUGUAGUACAUUUUAUUUAGAAAUUUGUAUAUGUAUAUGUAUAUGUAUAUCUGUGUUAUAAUAUAGUAAUGAAUAUUA